AUACGUAAUCCACAAUCCUCGCCGCGAAUUUUUCGGGUACAAAUGAUAAAACAUCCCAUCUGUUACAACUGGACUCUGAACUCCCAGCGCCAUCUAGCGAACUUUAGAAUUAAUUCCUAAGUAAAAAACUUUGAACUCGAUUUGCGUAGGAGGAGACAGUCGAACUGCUACGCAUUAGGAGAAUUGGAACCGCUUUGUAUCUGAAGGCGCGUUUAAUUAUCAUGGAUGUUAAGUGUAAAUCAAUUAUGACUGUAUAUAUGUAUAUAAUAAUAAUAAUAAUUUUAUUGUAAUCUCUAUAGAAGGAUGUGCCUUAAAUUUAGUUUACAGUUUUGACGAUCUUCAUGUCGAUGGAAUACUCGCCGCCCGGAUUCGAAAAGAUGGAUAAAUACGUAACUGGCUUGAAAAGAAAAUUAAAUGAAGCAGAAGCAGAGGGCAAAAGAAAAGAUGAUGAAAAUAUCGGAAAUACAUCUUCGCAAAAUAGUAAACCUAAAUAUAGAAAAUAUGAUCCAAUGUACUUAUCAUUAGGAUUUACAUAUAAGGUUAUUAAUGGCCAAGAACGACCAUUGUGUUUGCUGUGUAUGAAUACUUUGGCCUCAGACAGCAUGAAACCAAAUAAAUUAAAACGACAUCUUGAAAAAGUAUAUGCAGAUCACGUUGGCAAGACAAGAGAAUUUUUCCAAAGAAAAUUAGAGAAUUUAAAUAAACAACAAGAAAUGUUUUCAGAGACCAUGUCUGUAACACAAAAAGCAUUGCUUGCGUCAUAUAAAGUUUCUUAUAGAAUUGCUAAAUGCAAAAAACCCCAUUCAAUAGGAGAAACUUUGGUGCUACCUGCAGCUAUUGACAUGAUAGAAACGAUGCUCGGUGAAUCAUAUGCUGAUCAACUUAAAAUCAUUCCACUUGCAGAUAAUACGGUGGGAAGACGAAUAUCCGAUAUAUCUGAAGAUCUUUGCGAUCAAUUAAUAGAAAAAGGUAAAAGUAUCUUUUUUCGCGUUGCAAGUAGAUGAGGCUACCGAUGUUCUUAAGGAUGCACACUUGAUAACAUAUGUAAGAUAUGUUGUGGAAACUGAUGUUAGGGAAGAUAUGUUAUUCUGUAAACCUAUUGAAUGCAAUACUACAACAAGGGAAGUUUUUAAAAUCAUUGAUAAUUUUUUUAAUGAAAAUGGCAUUCUAUGGGAGAACUGUGUUGGACCAUGCACAGAUGGAGCUCCAUCUAUGGCAGGAAAAAAUGCUGGUCUACAGGCACUAGUUCGAAAGGUGGCUCCUCGUGCAGUUUGGACGCAUUGCAUGAUUCAUAAACAAUCACUUGUUUCAAGAGAUAUGGGUGAAGAUCUACCAACAGUAUUUGAAGUUAUUACAAGAGUUGUAAAUUUUAUCAAAAAUAGCUCAUUAAGAGGAAGGCUUUUCGCAAAAUUGUGUGAUGACAUGGGUUCAGAAUAUAGAUCACUUCUAUACUAUUGUGAGGCACGUUGGCUUUCUCGUGCUAAAGUACUUCAAAGGGUGUUUGAGCUAAAAGAAGAGAUCGCCAUAUUUCUUAGUGAUAAUAAUAGAGAUGAAGCACACUUGUUUUAUGACACGAAAUUCCUUGUAAAACUUGCGUAUUUAGUUGAUAUUUUUCAAAGACUCAGUAUUUUAAAUAAAUCAAUGCAAGGGGCUCAAAUUCAUGCUUUUACGCAGAAAGACAAGAUUACUGCAUUUAUGAAAAAAUUGGAACUGUGGAUAAUAAGUUUGAAAAAUAAUAACUUUGACAUGUUUCCCACUUUUAAAAUUACCUGUCUUGCUGAUGAAAUAGAAGAAAGUAAAGUUCUUAUUAAUAAUCAUUUGACCAGUCUGUGGAAGCAAUUCUCGUUGUACUUUAAAGAUCUUGACAUGUCCAAAUAUGAAUGGAUUAGAAACCCAUUUGUGAUUGAAAGAUAUGAUGAUUUUGGCCUUACGACAGCAGAGCAGGAAAUGAUAAUUGACUUAUCUAGUGAUAGCACAUUAAAGCAGAUGUUUCGAGAUGAAAAUAAUAUUGUUACGUUUUGGCUACGAGUAAAGGACGAUUUUCCGACUUUGACAAACAAAGCUUUAAAAAUUGUAUUGCCAUUUGUAACAUCUUACCUAUGUGAAACUGGUUUUUCUACAGUAGCUGUCUUAAAAACAAAGUAUCGAUCUCGCUUAAUGAUUGAAAAGGAACUGAGAACCGCGAUUUCUUCAAUGAUACCACGGUUUGAGAAAAUUUGUGCUGAAAAACAAGCUCAACCGUCGCAUUAAAUAUUUAUGUUGUAGUAGUAUUAAUUAUAUAUUCUUUUUUUGUUUUGUUAUUAUAUUUCUUAUAAUAAAUAUAUUAUA